GUAACGUUGUGGAUAGCCAGUCGCCCAGGCUGUUGGCAAAUCAGCUGAGAUGGGACCUGACUGCCGAACAGAUAGAAAACAUGGCUGCAGAGCUCACGGAGAGGACCAAGCUGGUGUACGACCGGGUGGGCUCCCAGGAGCAGGGCGAGGUGUCCUACGAAAACACUCUCAAGGCGUUGGCAGAUGUGGAAGUGGAAUAUACGGUCCGUCGGAACAUGCUGGACUUCCCCCAGCACGUCUCUCCUUGCAAAGACAUCCGCGCGGCAAGCACCGAGGCCGACAAGAAGCUCUCGGAGUUCGACGUGGAGAUGAGCAUGAGGCAGGACGUGUACCAGAGGAUUGUCUGGCUCCAGGAGAAGGCAGAGAGCGCUUUGCUGAGGCCUGAAGCAAAGAGAUAUCUGGAGAGGCUGAUCAAACUGGGUAAAAGAAACGGUCUCCAUCUCCCUGAGGAAACGCAGGAGAAAAUCAAAGCUAUUAAGAAAAAGCUGAGCGUCCUUUGCAUAGACUUCAACAAGAACCUCAACGAAGACACCACCUUCUUGCCCUUUUCGAAGGAGGAACUAGGGGGGCUCCCUGAGGACUUCCUGAACUCCCUGGAGAAGACAGAGGAUGGCAAGCUGAAAGUCACCUUGAAAUACCCGCACUAUUUCCCCCUCCUGAAGAAGUGUUACGUGCCUGAGACAAGGAGGAAGGUGGAAGAAAUGUUCAACUCCAGGUGCAAAGAGGAGAAUUGCUUGAUCCUCAAGGAGCUGGUGGAUCUGCGUGCUCAGAAAGCCAGUCUGCUGGGCUUCAACACGCACGCGGACUUCGUGCUGGAGAUGAACAUGGCUAAAAGCAGCAAGACAGUGGCCACGUUCCUGGAUGAGCUGGCCCAGAAACUGAAACCCCUUGGGGAGAAGGAACGAGCUGUCAUCCUGGACCUGAAAAAAAAAGAAGGGGGGGAGAAGCGUGGCCGGGAGUGCGACAACCGCAUCAAUGCCUGGGACAUGCGCUAUUACAUGAACCAAGUGGAAGAGACGAAGUACAGCGUGGACCAGAACCUGCUGAAGGAGUACUUCCCCAUGCAGGUGGUCACCACAGGCCUGCUGGCCAUCUAUCAGGAGCUGCUGGGGCUCACCUUCCACCUGGAAGAGAAGGCUCAGGUCUGGCAUGAGGAUGUCCAGCUCUACACGGUGAAGGACGGCGCCUCCGGGGAGAUCAUCGGCAAGUUCUACCUGGACCUGUACCCACGGGAGGCCUUGGGUGAGGCAAAGCGACGGAAGAGGGCUCGGGGAGGGGGGAGCAGAGCCCGCCCUGCGCUUGGGGACGAGGAGAGGCUGGCCCGUUCCCAGACGCGUGGCUGGCUGCCAGGGGGGGACCAUGGGAACGCUCGCCGUGUCUCCUAGGCGGAGUUUGCCAUGUUCAGCGGGACGCACGUGGAGCGGGACUUUGUGGAAGCGCCGUCGCAGAUGCUGGAGAACUGGGUGUGGGAGAAGGAGCCGCUGCUGCGCAUGUCCAGGCACUACAAAACUGGAAGCCCCAUCCCUGACGAGCUGCUGGAGAAGCUCAUUAAAUCCCGGCAGGCAAACACAGGGCUCUUCAACUUGCGUCAGAUCGUCCUGGCCAAGGUGGACCAGGCGCUGCACACCCAGACGAAGGCUGACCCCGUGGAGGUGUUUGCCCGGCUGUGUGAAGAGGUGCUGGGCGUCCCUGCCACCCCAGGUACAAACAUGCCGGCGACGUUUGGCCACUUGGCCGGAGGCUAUGACGCGCAGUACUACGGCUACCUCUGGAGCGAAGUGUUCUCCAUGGACAUGUUCCACACGCGUUUCAAGCAGGAGGGGAUCAUGAACUGUAAGGUGGGCAUGGAUUACAGGAGUUGCAUCCUGCAUCCUGGUGGGUCCCUGGAUGCUUCCGACAUGUUGAGGAAGUUCCUGGGUCGCGAGCCCAAGCAGGACGCCUUCCUGGCCAGCAAGGGGCUGAAGGUGGAGAGCAACUCGCUGCCUUCGGCCUGCUGAGAAGCUGCUCCAGCCCAUUUUCGAGUCAAGCCAGCUCCUUUGUCUACGCACCAGUCCUCUCAGGCCGAGCGAUACCCGGUAUUUCUGUCACUGAACGCGUCCUGGGCCAGCCCCUGCCUGGAGCUCUUCCUCCAGGAUCCUGCUCCAAGCUCACCCCGGGCUUCUGGAGCCGGGUUCAGCCCAGGGCUCUGCGGUGACAGCUCUGCCCAGGGAGGUGGAUUGCCUUUGUCACUGCCC